CAAGGGGUGAUUCAUCAGUGGCAGAAGUGCACAUCUCUGUGCGCUCUGGACAGAUCGUCAGCUUCAUCAUCCACUGGUGUAUCUGCGUUAUCUCGCAGUUCUGGCCAAGUUGCUCAAGCGAAUGGACUGCGAACGCACGCUCUGCGGUCGAUUUCAGCGGCUAAAAGGAAGCGCAUUCAGAGCUGAUGUGGUUUUCAAGCUGCAGCCGCAAGGCAUCGCAAUACCCGCUCAUAAAUUAAUCCUCUCACUCGCAAGUCCGCGCUUCGCUCGGGAGUUUUCCCGAGAUGACGGCAAAUGCGGCGAGGAAACGGUGUACGAACUCAGGGACAUCGAUUCUCUCCACUUUGACGCCUUUCUCACCUUCAUCUACACAUUGGACGUGAAUUUGUGUCCGGAAAUUGCCUUUGGCCUGAUGAAAUUGGCGAAUAUGUACGAGAUGAAUCAGCUGAGUGAAUUGUGCGGCGAAUAUAUCCUCAAGACACUCACAGACUGCAACAUUUGGACAUACUUUGGCCACUCUGUGAACGUGCUCGAGGAUGAGAGUCUGAGAGCGAAACUCCUCGACUUCAUCUCCAACUCCGACAGCGUCUUCCGUCGGGUGGACUUCUCGGGGCUGUCUAGGGGUGGUGUUAAAUUGCUGCUGGAGAUGGAAUCAAUUAGAGUGACUGAAAGUGAAUUGCUGGGGGUGAUAAUUAAGUGGAUUGAUUCACAGCGUGGCGACAGAGGCAGAAGGGAGACUCUCGGAGAUUUACUGCAACUCAUCCGUUUCCCUGCCAUGACAAGCUCGGAGUUCAGGCAAUCAUUGGACGAGUAUCCGGACAUUCUUAGCGCCGAGGAGGUGCACGAAGUCAACCUGGCCAUUGCCGGGGUGGCGAACAGAACUCCCUUUCCCAAGGAGGCGCGCAUGCGACUGCCCAAGAUUCUGUCCAGUGGCGCAAGCACUCUUCACGUCGUCUCGCAAUUCACCACGAUUUUCGGAACUGCGGAGAAGCCCGAGAAUCUCAGUAUGACGUUCAAGGUUCUCGGGACGGUGGACUUCUUCGUGUCUGGUAUUGGGAUUCUCGUGCACGAGAGCUUCGAUCACGCCAUUCACGGUGUAAUAAAGGUGCAGACAAACACGGAUGCCGGUUGGAAGGACGACUCAUUUCCCACCAUCGAAGGAGGGCAUCAGAUGAGGCAUGGCCAGAGGUACAAGCUGCUCUUCCUCAUCUUCCAGGACGUGCUCAGAGUAAACUCCUGUCAGUGGUACAGAAUCAAUUUGGCCACGAAUUGUGACGAAGUGGCGAAAGUCGACGGGAGAUUUUGCGACGCUGUGUUCCUGAGAGGAGUUGAAGUGAAAUUCAUCCAGAAUGUGAAUCAUAGCACUAUUCCAUUGUUGCUGUUCAAGUAGAAGAAUAAAGAAGGAAGGAAAAAUAACUCUGAAGUUUCACGAUCACUUAAGCAUGAUCUGAAGUACAAAUUUUACACAGAAAGAAAUAAUGCACAGAAAAGGAAGAACCGAAUGAGAAAGUUACAUUGCAG